UGUUUUUUGUAAAUUUGAGAGACCAGCUAGUUAAAUUUGAGGAUUAAGAUUGGAUGGCGAUGCUAUAUUGAAGCUUCCCCUGUUUUAUUUUAUGAUUCAAUGGUAAUGGUGCUUCUGCAUCCAUCGUUGUUCUGUUUCAUACACAACACACAAUCAACCAUUGAGUAAACUUGUCGUAGUGUAGCAACUAGCAAGCACCAAAGAUGACUACAAACAUCAUCAAAUCGCUUCACACUGACCCUUCCUCCAUUUACAACCUUCUCAAAUCCUACGCACUUUCUCCCACCAACAUCUUCAAAGCCAACAACGUCUUCCACCAAAUUCAUAAACCCACCUUAUCCCAUUUUAACAUCAUGAUCCGUGGUUGGUCCCAAACCGACCAACCCAUUGAAGCCAUUCGCACUUACAAUAUCAUGUAUAGCCAAGGCCUAAUUGGUAACAAUCUCACUUACCCUUUUCUUAUUAAGGCAUGUUCUCGUAUUCCACAUGUUUCGUGCACAAGUAUGGUCCAUGCCCGUGUUUUGAAACUUGGGUUUGAGUCUGUUCUCUUUGUUUCAAACGCCUUGAUUCAUGGGUAUGCGGGAUUUGGUGAAUUGAGUUUUGCGCGUAAGGUGUUUGAUGAAAUGUCUCAACGGGAUUUGGUCUCUUGGAAUUCUUUGAUUUGUGGGUAUGGUCGGUGCAAGAAGUUUAGGGAGGUUUUGGGUGUUUUUGAAGCUAUGCGGGUGGCCGAUGUGAAGGGUGAUGCGGUGACGAUGGUGAAGGUUGUUUUGGCAUGUUCUGUUUUGGGUGAAUGGGGUGUUGCUGAUGCUAUGGUUGAGUACAUUGAGGAAAAUAAGGUGGAGGUUGAUGUUUACUUGGGAAAUACGUUGAUUGAUAUGUAUGGACGCCGUGGCAUGGUUCAUUUGGCUCGACGGGUAUUUGAUCGAAUGCAUGAUAGAAACGUGGUUUCUUGGAAUGCUAUGAUCAUGGGUUAUGGGAAAGCAGGAAACUUGGUUGCUGCAAGGGAACUGUUUGAUGGUAUGCCACAGAGGGAUGUGAUCUCGUGGACUUCUAUGAUCACCGGUUACUCUCAAGCAGGCCAGUAUGUGGAGGCAAUGAAGCUUUUCAAAGAAAUGAUGGAAGCUAAGGUGAAGCCAGAUGAAAUAACGGUUGCCAGCGUGCUCUCUGCAUGUGCUCAUAUUGGUUCACUUGAUGUUGGGGAGACUGUUCAUGACUAUAUCCGCAAAUAUGGUGUGAAAGCCGAUGUUUAUGUCGGAAAUGCCUUGAUUGAUAUGUAUUGCAAGUGUGGUGUGGUUGAGAAAGCAUUGACGGUGUUUGAAGAUAUGGAGAAGAAGGACUCAGUAUCAUGGACAUCGGUGAUUGCAGGCCUUGCUGUUAAUGGUUCUGCAGAUUCCGCACUGAAUUUAUUUUCGUUGAUGUUGUCGGAAGGUGUUAGGCCUACUCAUGGAACCUUUGUUGGAGUUCUGCUGGCCUGUGCUCAUGCUGGAUUGGUUGAUGAAGGGUUGGAACAUUUUGAAAGUAUGGAAAAAGUUUAUGGACUAACGCCGGAAAUGAAACAUUAUGGUUGUGUUGUGGAUCUUUUGAGUCGCUCUGGAAAUUUAGAAAGGGCAUAUGAGUUCAUAACGAGGAUGCCCAUGGAUCCAGACGUUGUAGUAUGGAGGAUGUUGCUGAGUGCCUCUCAGGUUCAUGGAGAUAUACCCUUUGCUGAGAUUGCCACAAACAAGCUUCUAGAGCUGGAUCCUUCUAAUAGUGGAAACUACGUACUCUCCUCUAAUACUUAUGCAGGGUCCAAUAGGUGGGAAGAUGUUGUUAAAAUGAGAGGACUGAUGGAGGAGAGUAAUGUACAGAAACCAUCAGGUAGCAGUGCCAUAGAAAUAAAUGGUUCAAACAGUUCUCAGGAUACAUAUUUUGUUGAAGUUCAAAAUAAAACUAAAUCAGAGUGUUAUGAAGAAGAAUAAUUUAUUACUUUAUAAAUCGAUUUCUUUUGUGGAACAUCCUGGUCAAUAGAAGGGAAAAGACCAAUAUGACCUAGAGAUUUACACCUGAGUUCUGACCCUUGAUGGCCUAAUCGUCUUCGAUUUCUCACAAGUGACUCAUAUCUGUUGCCAUGGAGCAAUAGUUUGAAAGGGUACAAUUAUAGUUGCUUAUUGUGGAUUAGAGAUCAAAUUGCUAAACAAGAAGGGAUCUAUGCUGCCUGAUUGUUUUUAACUGCUAAGCAUGUGCCUUUAUGUACUCAUACUGGUUUAAUGGCUAAGUUGGAUUGCAAACCAUAUCUCGCUGAAAUCUUCGGCUGCUGCUGCUAUCAUAAUAACUCGCCAAACCUGCAUCAGAAGAUGGCUAACCGGUCCAAAAGACGCGCCAUGUAGCAGCUUGAGAUAGUAAUAAUAAUAAUGUUAAGGACAUCAUCAAAUUCAUGAGGCAAAGGUUGUUUAAGCUUCUGCUUUCUGUGAUAGUGCAUUUUUAUCCACUUGCUUAUUGAAAGGGAAGUCGCCUUGAUUUAGGAAACACUUUUCCAUCCCAUAUUUGGAUUUCCAGUCAUAUUUUUCAACUAUCAGUUACUAGACACUGAUGUAUCGAGCAGAGUAAAAAUACUGCACUCAAGUUCUAGGAGACAGCAUGAAACCUAUAUACACAUUCUUUGCAAUCAAUACUUGAUAAGGACAAGCGAACCAGGAAAUACCCGUAUGUUCAUCACAUACUCCCCAAAUCUGGAUAUCGUUUUUUGUAUAAGUUUUGUUCAUGGCACCAUUUGAGUAUGAUUCUUGAUUUCCUAUGGACAAAUGAGCGGAAAUAAACAUUAUUUUGUUGGCUGUAAUUACUGCAUGAUUUGCUACUACAUUUUUUUUUUAAUUGCUAAACAUUGUUUUGAUUUGUUGUGCUUUUAUUUAAACUUCAUUCAGAGCUCAAGUGUAUUAUAUCUAUGUGACUUAAUGUUCCACCUCAGUAAUCUCAAACAAGUGUUACAACUUAA